CGACAAUAAGAAAAAAAGAAGAACGCGCGCUGCUGCUCAGAGUUGAUGUUGUGGAACCACUUUAAAACAGAGCAGUCUACAUUUUAUCAGUGUCCAGCAGUAGUUAAUACGGUAACUUCAUAACUCAGUCUGCCUGCAGCUCACGGAGUGAACAGCUAAAUUAGUUUAUGGAGACUUCCGGGUUCAGUUAGCAAUGCGAAAACAACGCAAAUUGUCAUACAAACAUUCAGGUUUAUCACAAAUAUUUUUCACAACAUAAAAUAACAGCAAAAUACCCCGAACCAAACCUCCCAGUUCGGAAUGCUGGAGAUAUUAAAGCCUUUGUGGAAGAUUUUUUAAAAGAUUUACGAGGCGUUACAGCAGAGUGACGUUGCCCGAUGCCAUCCCGGCUGUCACCGCUGCCGUGGCCUGAGAUUUUUGUGUACUGGCUGCUCUCUUUUGGCUCUCAUUUGUACUCUUUUUACCAGCUGCACAAGUUCUCCAAAGAGCAUGAAGCUGGUUUACAGAGAGAGUUCCAGUUGGAAAAUGGCCUUUUUAAUGGCUUCAAAAGGGACCCGUCUGACUUUGAGUGGAGUUUCUGGACUGAGUGGGCCAAAAAGUCUUUACUGUGGACUCUAGUCGGUCAUGGCGUGUUAUCAAGAUUGGCGGCCAUUUUUCACCCCAGGCUUAAGGUGCUUGCGCUCUUUGUGUUUGACUUCUUGGCAGCCAGCAGCUUGCUGGGCUUUAAGGGUGUGGGGGUUCUGCUGCUACAGCUGUCUGUUGCCUUCUCAGUGGCCCAGCUACGAAAACCUCCUCUGGCGUGGAUCGUGAACCUUCUGCUGCUUUCCACAAUUCACAUUCAGCCACUGCAACACAUCCAGAGAGGCUGGUACAGCACAGAGGAGGAGUACUACCUGCUACUUUUCAGUGUUGCCGUCUGUGGCCUGCGAUUCAUCAGCUUCAGCCUGGAGCACUGCUGGAGCCCUUUAGAGUGCGGUCGAGUCGCGCAGCUCUUCUGGCUGUUUUCAUACACCUUCUAUCAUCCUUUCUUCUACAAUGGACCCAUUAUCACUUUCAAAGCCUACGCUGAGCAGAUGCGGAAGCCGGCCGACGAGAACAGCGGGCAGGAAUCUGUCUUUGGCUACGUGCUGGUCAGAUCAGCCCGGGUCAUUCUGUGGUGGGUCCUGGCAGAAUACAUGAUCCACGUCAUGUACAUGCACUCCAUCCACUCCAAUGAGACCUACAUAGAAAUGCUUCCUCCCUGGGCUUUGGAACUUGAAGUGAUUUCAGCUCCGUGUCUCCUGUCUGCCUCAGGGGGUCUGGCCCUGGCUCUCGUCCAGUUCUUCUACGUGAAGUAUCUGGUGCUGUUCGGGCUUCCGUCCAUGCUCGCCACUUUGGACGGCCUGGUCCCGCCGAAGCUCCCGCGCUGCGUCAGCAUCAUGCACAGCUUCACGGGGAUGUGGAGGCACUUUGACGAGGGGCUGUAUCGAUGGCUCAUCAGAUACAUCUACGUGCCUCUGGGUGGUUCCCGCCACGGUCCUCUCUCCAAAGUGUUUUCCACUGGUGUCGCUUUUGCGUUCGUCUGCUUCUGGCACGGCGGCCAGGACUACCUGCGCUACUGGGCUCUGAUGAACUGGGCCGGCGUUCUGGUGGAAAACGCCAUCAGAUCUCUCUUUGGCUCAUCCCGCCUUCACUCCGUAGUCGAGCAGAAUUUCUCCUUGGCGACGCGAAGGCGCUGUGCCGCCCUUCUCUGCGCCUUCUCGACGGCCAUGCUCAUCCUGUCUAAUCUGGUGUUCCUCGGGGGGACGCACGUGGGCAGAAUCUUCUGGAAGCGCGUCUUCGUUCAGGGGUGGUCCACCGUCGCUCCGCCGAUGCUCGCCUUCCUCUACUGCUUUGCUCAGGUUGGACUUGAGCGAACUUCUUCCCCACUGUGAGUCACCUUGAUUUUCUGGAAAAGUGAGAAUCCCUGCUGCCGGACAACCAGGACAACCCGCGGGCUGCAGAGCUGUGGCAGACCUGGCCGACGGCCACGCCGAGUGUCCAAAACAGAGCCCAAGUUCUGCUGCAGAGCAGAGCUGCACCGCAAAAAAAACCCGCUCGAGUCUGUCUUCAUUGUACGGCUUUGAUAAGAUAUUGCUCAGUGGUGCAGUAAAUCGGAGAAGUGCAAUGUUUACUGCUAAAAGCCGCUGGUCAGUCGGACUGCAGAGGGAAGCAGCAGAAACCUGACCCAGGUUCUGCUCUAUACACAUUUAAUCAGGAUGUAGCAGACGUGAAAUCUCAGUAGCGUAUCUGUUAUGUUCCUCUACAUUACAGACACGAUGGGAACAGAAAACGUCCCCAGACUCACCUGUCAGUACAAUUUAUUUAUAUAGAUGUCAGCUUGUUUCUGGUAAAAACUGCUUAAAAUGUGUAACUAUCAAUGUGCCAAAUGUCUGUCCAUAAUUUUAAUAAAGAUUACUAUUUAAAAAAA